AUAUACGGUACUUUUUCGUAUCGUAGUAACGACGAAGUUGAGAUGUCUUUCCGCGAGAUGAGGUUAUUUACUGAAAUGAUGCGUUCCUUGGGUUACCCGCGCGUCAUAUCUUUGGAAAAUUUUCGAACUCCGAAUUUCCCUUUAGUUGCGGAAAUCCUCAGAUGGUUGGUUUGUCGGUAUGACUUUUAUGCUGACUUACCAUCACGCCUUGACUCGGAACAAGAUCGCGUUUUGUUUAUUAAAUCAGUAACACGCUUGAUUUUUACUAAGGCAUGUAUUAAACUGAACAGCAAAAGACUUUACCAGGCAGAUGGAUAUGCUGUAAGGGAACUUAUAAAAGUAACUAGGAUCUUAUAUGAAGCAAUGCAAAAUAGCAAUUCCGAGUCCAAAGAUGAACAGCAUUGCCUCAAUGUAACAGAAAUCUUUGAUUUUGAUAAGGUUAAGCAACUUCAAGAGGCUAGAAAUUUAUGUAGUCAACUUGCAUCAUCUGGCGCUUCUUUAAAUUCACUAUUGAAUAAAGAAGUAGAUAUUAAAGAAUUACGUGAGACUUCGUUAAGACGUCAGAUAGAUCGAGAGUAUGUCGAGGAAUCUAUAAAAACCGCCAAAAGUGCUAUCAAUGGUCAAAUUGAAAAAAUGCAAUCAUCACUUGUUAAUAUCACUGCCGAUGAAACCAAUUUAGAUAUGAAAAUUGAAAAGAAACGCAGUGAAUUGGAACGUAAUCGUAAACGUUUAUCUACAUUACAAUCUGUACGACCUGUAUAUAUGGAAGAGUAUGAACAAUUAGAAGAGGAACUAUCUUCACUUUAUACUACUUACCUGACAAAAUUUCGUAAUCUUACAUUCUUAGAAAGUCAAUAUGAGUGUCUUCUGGAUAAUAUUAAUCAAAAUAAUGAGGAUACAGAAAUUACUCUUAAAACUAUAGCUGAUCAAGUGAAAACAUAUUCGCUUAGAGAUGAGAAUCAGAAAACUGUUUCGUAUUGUGAAGAUGAAAAUACCUUUAAGAAUCCAUUAAAUUUAAAAACUAAUGCUGAAGAAUAUGGUAGCUUUGGUGCUGGGGAUGAUAACGAUACGAGUGAUAACGAUGAUAUUGAUGAAGAUGAUGAUUCAGUCGAUGAUCAAGAUAAUCAAAUUGAAAAUGCUGAAGAUAUCGUUGCAAAUGAUAAUUCAUUUCAUCAAAGCAGUAAUGGGAAUACUAUAAAACGUGGACUUGCAAGAAAUCAACUCAAACCUGAAUGGUCUCCUGGUCAUCAACGUAUUUCAGGUGCGAGUUAUCAUGGUAGAAAUCUAAGUUCGAAUAACAGUGAUGAUUUUCAAGUAAAUGAAGGGAGUUAUCGGUCUACAAAUAUGGAUGAAUCAUUGUUAACAAAACGAUCACAGAAAGAUAAUUAUCCAACAACAAAUGUUGAAAAUGAAAAGCAAACAUAUUUGAAGCAUGCACUUCAUUCUGAAGAAAAUGAACACGAUGAUUUUUGAGUGAAUUAUGAAUUUGCUAGUGAUUUAUUUAUUUCCACAAACUGUAUAAUAAAAAGUUAUUACAAAAAGAAGCACUUCUAGUGUCGGUUAUUAUGUUUAGUCCAUAUACCUUAUUCUAGCUUUCGGACAGCUCAGUCUAUUCAUCCUACUUGAGUUACAUUCUGACCUUGUUAAUUAUUCGCUUAUCAAUCUUGGAUGUUUUUAUAGAGCGUAGGUGUGUGUACAUUUCUUCUCCCAUUCAUCACAUGUCUGUAACUUAUUUUCGCGUAACUACAACUAUUGAUUAAUGCUUGACUAAAUGAGAGUUGGCUUACCAGCCAUCUCCACUGCGCGUCGUUUUGCUUUGUUCUAUUCUAUCCGCUUUAUAUACAAAAUAUAUGUAUUCAGAAGUCC